AUGGGCCGCACUGUGUUCUUCGGAGUGGCCGACUUUCCAACUCGGCUGCCCGCUGAAGGUUCCUUCUCUCCGCCAUUGAUUACAGCAGCAAAAAGGAAAACUUUCAGUUCUGAAAGCCACCCAGACCAGAUACCUUAUAUCGUCGUCUGGGAAGAUCUAGUCACGGAUCCUCCUCCGUGGGUCCAUCCCUUUGUUCCCUUAACAGGUCCAACGGCCGUAUUUGCUCUUCGAGAGGUCCUGUUCACCACCAAGGAGAAAGAACGGAUCCUCCUGGAGGCUCGAAAGAACAUUCCAGGAGCCGAUGGGCGACCCACCCUCCUCCCUGAUGUUAUAGAAGCAGGAUUCCCGUUGAUCAGACCAAACUGGGAUUUCAACUCAGCAGAAGAUAGGGAGCACCUAAAGGUCUAUUGCCAGGCUCUAAUGGCCAGUCUCCAAGGGGCAGCAAAAUGCCCUACCAAUUUGACUAAGGGAAAGUCAUGGGUACAAGGGGCUACAGGGAACAGACAAUACUCAUGGACUACCCAAGGAACGGUGGACCUAGGCGUGGGCCGGGUAUCCCACUCGUUCAUUGUCAUUCCUGAGUGCCCCUACCCACUACUGGGAAGAGACCUCCUCACCAAAAUGGGUGCUCAAAUCCAUUUUGACCCCGAGGGACCUCGGGUGCUAAAUCGACAAGGAAAGCCUCUCCAGAUACUAACUCUCAGGUUAGAAGACGAAUACCAAUUGUUUGAAAAACAAGGGCAGGAGACCGGACAGAUGGACUGGUGGUUAGAAAACUACCCCCAGGCGUGGGCAGAAACUACAGGGAUAGGGAAGGCUAAAAACUGGCCCCCUGUCCAUGUAGGACUGAAGGCUCAAGCCAGUCCUAUAGCUGUCCGACAAUACCCAAUGUCCCAAGAAGCACACAAAGGCAUCCGACCCCACAUUGCCCGUUUGCUUCAGCUGGGGAUCCUACAAAAGUGCCAAUCAGCCUGGAACACACCCUUGCUGCUGGUCCGAAAACCUGGGACUAAUGACUAUCGACCGGUCCAAGAUCUCUGAGAGGUAAACAAACAUGUGGCCGACCUCCAUGCCACCGUCCCUAAUCCCUAUAAUCUUUUAAGUUCUUUACCUCUAGACAGGACCUGGUAUUCGGUACUGGAUCUCAAAGAUGCAGUCUUCUGUUUGCCGUUAACUGUAAAAAGUCAAGAUUACUUUGCCUACAAGUGGAAAGAUUCAGAGACUGGCCUAACAGGGCAACUCACAUGGACCCACCUGCCUCAAGGAUUCAAAAACUCGCCCACCAUCUUUGAUGAGGCCCUCCACCAGGACUUGGCCAUGUUCCAGGCCUCUAAUCCCCAGGUAACUAUGUUGCAUAACAGUGACUUAUAUGCCAGGUUGAAAGGACUACAAGCGGUGCAGAAAGAAGUCUGGUCACAGCUGGCUGCCACCUAUGAGCCUGGGACCCCCAAAGUUUCUCACCAGUUCCAGGUUGGAGACACAGUCUAUGUGAGACGGCAUCACUCCCAGACCCUGGAGCCCUGCUGGAAAGGACCUUACCUAAUGCUUUUAACAACCCCAACGGCUGUAAAGGUAGAUGGAAUCUCCGCUUAG